AUGGAUAUUACUCAAAUUUUGCCUUCAGAAGUAACAAUUGGUCUUUUCAAAAAUCUAGACGCAAAAAAUUUAUGUAAUUUAUCACUGGUUUCACGUAAUUGGAAUAUUUUAGUCUCUGAUAAUCAUUUAUGGGCUGAGAUUGCUUUAAACCGAUGGGAGAAUAAACAAGGAAUGAAAGAAAUAUGUACAAACGCUCAUUCUUUAUGGUAUCUAAAGCCUGGCACCUGGAAAAAGGUUUAUAUUUUAGUGGAGAAAGAAGCUCGUCGGACUAAGUUGGAAAUGGAAGAUUUAUGCGAGACUACUUGGACCUUUAAGGAUGAUGCGUUUGAGAAUUCUUUUUUAAUUUUAAAAGAUGAUGAAUUUGAAUUGUUUAAUAAUGCACUAUCAGCUCAUGCUGGAUCACCAAAAUUCUUACGAAAUGGCAGAUACGUUCAUGAGGGAAUGAUGGAUAGUACACUCCCCUGGAAAUUUACAAAUCGUUAUGUACGCGUAUCACAAUUCCCACAUCUCAAACCAUCACGACCAGAUCCAACAGAUCCUGAAUCCGAUUGGGGACUCAAAUUAAAAAAUGUCUACGUCACCUUUAGUUCUGUCGAUCAUACGGGAUUUCAACGACGAUUAAGCAAGUUUAACCGUGAACUGGCAUUGGAAUUUGGUGUUGAUUUGCCAAUGGAGGCAGUUAAUAAUAAUUCAGAUAAUAGUGAUGACAAUACUGAUCGCAGCAAUGAUAUUGUCGGACCUUCCUCGCUUGCUACUAUUUCACCAGCUGAAUUAAUACAGCAACAAGAUAGUGAUGAUUCUCUCGGAUAA